GUACCGGCACCUGUGAUCGACCCUUCGACUCUCGAGACACAGCUGCAGAUGUUCGACAGCCCGGAAAAGAUAGCGCCAAGCAACAACAACAGACAGGCGGACAAGGCCAUGCGGCCUCCGAUCCAAGCUGUGAAGCCCCAGCUGCCAGAUGAUGUGCUGCCUGGCAUCAAAGCACAGAUCGAUGAGAAUCUGAAGGAGCCUAUGGAUGUAGUGGAGGCUCAGAAGCAG